AUGCAUCCGCCUACACACCUUCGGCACAGAAUACCGCAGCCGGCCAUCGACAGGCUGAGUGCUUUGCCAAACGAGCUGAUUGUCGAAAUCUGCCGUCACCUGCAUGACCUACAGCGAGUCCCGCCAACGUCCCCCCUGACGGUCCUCUGCCGCGCCUCGCGGACUCUCUACGCCCUUGGAGUGCCCGUCUUAUACCACCGAGUCUCGCAUAAUGUGCGGAGCCUCAAAGACCUGCUCGCGCUGUUGAACUUUGGCCGAACAGCUCGCAAGCGCGAUACCAUCCGGCUCGUCAAACACCUGGUGCUAAAGUGCCAGUUCCAAAUGGUCGAUCGUUUGGGCGGAUACGAAGCCCCGUUUGUGGAUACAAUGGGCAGGUUCUUGAUGUGUUACUCGGAGCUUGCCGGGCUGGGGUCUUUUUACCAGAGUCUGAGUUACGAGCAGAGCGUCGACCUCAUGUACCUGGUUUUACUCCAUCUCAUUGUCCCCAAGCUCUCUGGGCUGGAAACACUGGACGUGGACGUCGGCGGCAGAGACAUCUUCAACCCGCACAUCGCUCAAGCAGCUCAACCCCGGACCAGGAAGGUGCUAGCUCCCAAGCUCAAGGGAUCGAGGUCGCCGAUGCUGCAUCAGGUGUCGAUCAAGACGCGAAACCUCCCCGAAUGGGCCUCCGUGAGCCUCACCUUCUUCCUCCGGAGCUUGAUCGAGUACGCGCCGAACAUCCAGAUGCUGGAGGCGAGGCUGCGGGUACCCCGAGAAUCGAGCAUCGUCAGCUCGCCAACAUCUUCCCUCCGGGACAUUGCGCACCUCGACCUACGGGGGCUCGGACUGCCUCGAAUUGCGCUGGAACCGAUGUUGCUUAGCUGCGACCGCCUGGUCAGCUUCAAAUUCAGAAUGGCCGACGGAGAGCUGAGCGUGCCGAGCACAUCCUUGAUCACCGACGUGGACGUCUUGGCCAUCCUGAACGCGCUGAUACAAAGCCAGAGAACCCUCGAGACUCUGGUGCUGGAGGUGGCCGAGUACGCCGUCCAUACCCAACAACUAUUCCGGCAGCGGAUGAUCUCCUUGAGGAGUUUUGGAGCUCUCAAGCACCUCUCGUUGGACAGCUACUGCUACGAGGAGUCAAAGCCUCUGGGUGCUCUCCUGCCCGCGAGCCUGGAGACCCUGGACGUCGUCUGCCUGCACCCGACGAUGCACGAAGAGAUGAAGAGCCUAGCCAGGUCGUCCGGCCGGGCCAGGGGGCUUAGGAGCGUCACGAUGUACCCGUGGCCGAACAGCGACAGUCGCAGGACCGACAUCGUGGAGAUCGCGGAGAUCGCCUGCCUGUUCCGGGACCGGGGCGUGGUCUUUUCGUUCUCGCAUCGGAUGUCCCUGAGUCCCUGCGAGAAUGAGCGCAGGCGGUUUCACGACAGGCUUCGCCAGUGGGACAAGAGAUAUCUCGGCAUCUGA